AUAGUGUUGAAAUAGUGAACAUUUGUUUUGAUGAUUUUGUUGUCAAAACACGACCAGGCAAUUUUUUAUUAUUUGUUUGAUUGAAUUUUCUAUCAUCUUUGGGGACGAUAUAAAAAAUGGCCAUUUACAAUUUUCACAUCUUUGAUGGCGCCGGUAAUUGUCUAUUCUCAUUGUCACCAUCGGAUAAAUCAACCGAAAUAUUGUAUGGAUUUCUAUAUUCAUUGAAAUCAUUCGUACAACGUAUAUCACCUUCAUUGCAGAUGGAUAAUAAUUUUUUCUUCUAUCAAACAUCACAUUAUAAUCUGGUAUUCUAUGAAUUUGCCACAAGCAUCAAAUUCGUAUUGAUCACAUCACAUGAUAUUAAACGUGAUAGUCAAUUCUAUAAAGAAAUGAUGAUUCAACUACAUAAACAUGUGUAUGUAGAAUAUCAUGUAAAAAAUGGAAUCGGAUCAUCAUCAUCAUCAUCAACAAUUGAUUCGCAAUUAUUUCGACAACAAUUAACAACAUUCCUUACGCAAAACAUAAAACAACAAGGUUAAUCAUUAUCAAUUUUUUUUCAGUUUGUUUGUAAUGAAUUUGAAUAAGUAAUAAUUAAUUAAUAAAAAAAAAU